UGUCAAAACAAUUGUAUUGAACGGCAACUGAAUGUCCAACAAAUAACAUGUGUUUGAAUUGAUUGACAAUAAGUUUGCAGUGAUUGUCACUAAAGACUAAACCAAAUUAAUUGUUAAAUUGAUUAAUCAUUUUGUUGUAUCACUUUUGCUGUCGUUAACAGUUAUACACAAUGUUUGCAUUUCGCCGAUUGACCCAAAAGUUUGCCAAAGUUGGCGCUUAUAAUGAGUUUCAGUUAUUAAGACAUGAGUUGAUAUUACCACAAGAAAUGGCAGUCCGAUGGCGACAUUCGGCGAGAAUCAACACAUCUGUGGUGUUUGUGCCGCAACAGGAGUCAUGGAUUGUCGAAAGGAUGGGAAGGUUUCAUAGGAUAUUAGAUCCCGGAGUUAACUUUUUAAUACCAGUCGUCGAUCAGAUUAGUUAUGUUCAAAGUCUUAAAGAAUUAGCCAUUGAUAUCCCGCAACAAUCAGCGGUUACCGCAGAUAACGUUGUUCUCAACAUCGAUGGUGUUCUCUAUCUUCGUGUUGUCGAUCCAUACGCUGCUUCUUAUGGUGUCGAAGAUCCCGAGUUUGCAAUCACACAAUUGGCUCAAACGACGAUGAGGUCAGAGAUCGGUAAAAUAACAUUGGAUUCAGUAUUUAAAGAGAGGGAAUCUCUUAACAUUGCAAUUGUUGAGUCAAUCAAUACGGCCGGUAAAACAUGGGGUCUGACAUGUAUGAGGUAUGAGAUCAGAGACAUAUCUCUUCCUUCAAGAGUUGCAGAGGCGAUGCAGAUGCAGGUGGAGGCAGAACGUAAAAAACGGGCUGCAAUUCUCGAGUCUGAAGGCAAACGGGAAGCAGAUAUUAAUAUAGCUGAAGGUCUCAAAAGGGCCCGUAUUUUGGCCUCAGAAGCGCUUAAAUUGGAACAAAUCAAUAGUGCAGAAGGUGAGGCCAAAGCAAUCAUAGCUCGGGCACAGGCAAAAGCCAGUGGCAUCAAAAUGAUCGGUGAAAUGAUUAAAACAAGUUCGGGUGAAAAUGCAGCCGCACUUAAUGUUGCCGAACAAUAUGUAAAAGCCUUCUCACAAUUGGCCAAAACUAACAAUACUAUUAUUUUAUCUAACGAUGCCUCAGAUGUGGCCAAAAUGACAGCUCAGGCUUUACAAGUGUUUCGAACUCUUAAAACAUCUGAUAGUGAUAUAAUCGGUGGUAAAAUUGAUGAAAAAAAUACAGAAGAAAAGUCUAGAGUUGAGAAUCAAUUCGAGUAUUACAGCGAUUUAGACAAUAAAAGACAAUAGGAUUUAUUUGUCUAAUUUAUUAAUAUAAUAGUC